GAAACACGCAUCUCAAGCAUUCAUAAGAAGACAAAUCUGUGAACAUGUAACAAAAACAAAUGCAGUUACCGGUAAUUUUGGAAUAACAGCGACUGCAUGUAAUCAUGGUCUCACCAGGCAACAAUGGGCUAUUUGUCGGACCUCCUAUUCAGAAUUCUUCUUUGCAGAAAUCACAGACACUGGUUUACUUCCACAUCAUUAAUGUGCCCGGUAUCUUUUUUUUUAACACUGUCUGACACCAUGGCUGUAUGCAGAGUUUUGAAAAUACAGCUGAAAAACUAAGCUAGUGGGUUUGGAAUUAAUGUUAGCUGGCAGCUAGUUAGUUUACUCAUGUUGGACAGCUAAUAGGGUAGCAUAAUUGCGUAUUAUUAUUUUUAUUUGGUAAUUAAGCCUACCGAAAAUAGAAUGUGUUCACAAGGUGAUGUUGCAAAACGUCUGAGACUUUUAUUUUGAAACCAUUUUGAAACCAUUUCGAAAAAACGGAAGUACAGUCGAACUGUCAACAUGCUGAAUUGCUGGUCAGACUUGUGAAGCAAAAAUGCAGUCAUAGUCACGAGAGUGCAGUAUGGCAGUGCUGAAUUUGUCAUUUGCGGCAUGUGGAUUCCUGGGAAUCUACCAGUUAGGCGCUGUUGGAGCCAUACUGCGCCAUGGAGACAAGCUGCUGGGCUCUCUUAAGGCAUGUGCAGGGGCAUCUGCUGGAGCCCUCGUGGCUGCAGUGCUUGUCACCGCUCCAGACAAACUGGAGAAUUGCAAAGCUUUUACAUAUCGAUUUGCCAGUGAUGUCAGGACCAAGAAGCUUGGAGCCAUGACACCAGGAUAUGACUUCAUGCUCACCCUUAGGGAAGGUAUAGAGGACAUUUUACCCAGUGAUGCCCACAGCCUGGCAGGUAAUCGCCUUCAUGUCUCCAUAACACACUCCAGAAGUGGCAAGAACAGCAUCAUAUCCAGCUUUUCCUCAAGGGAAGAGCUCAUAAAGGCACUCCUAGCAAGCAGUUUUGUUCCAGUGUAUGCAGGAUUUAGCCCAGUGGAAUUCCAAGGACAGAAAUGGAUAGAUGGAGGGUUCACAGAUAGCCUUCCUGUUUUGCCUGAGGGUCGUACCAUAACAGUGUGCCCCUUUGCUGGACCUCAAGAUGUUUGUCCUCGCCACAGAGGACGCACAAACCUUCGCCUCAAACUUGCCAACAUGGACAUAAUGUUUUCCAAGGAGAACAUAUUACGGUUGAACCAGGCAUUGUUUCCGCCUUCGGCAAGUCGCAUGAAAGAGCUCUGUCAGGAAGGAUAUGAUGACACUGUGAGGUUUUUAAAGAAAGAAGACUGGAUGCACCAGGAUUUUGUUUAAGUACAUUUCGUCAAUCAUGUAUCAACAUCAUGGAUGAAAUGGACACAAUAAUCAGGGUCACACACACUGAAAUAUAUAACUUUGUUAUAAUUUUUUAUUAUUUUACCUACAUUGAGUGGAUUUUACAGUUUUGAACUGAAAGGAAUGUAAAUUAAAUACAUUGUUUUAGCAUG